GCGCCACGAUGGCUGAUCGCUCUUCUGCAGAAAGAUUCUCUGUAUUAGCGUCAAAAGUCCUUUUCGAAGUCCAAAUAUCGAUCAAACGGGCUGUUUCAUCUCUCGAAGCUCACUACUCUUCGGCUCUACAAAAUCUUCAGUUAUCCAAGAGUCAACUACAAUCUCUCCCGAACGAUAACCUUUUCCUAGGCUUCCUCGUAUUUCUCACCGCUUUCUUUGGUGUUUGUUUAGUCGUUUUAGGGAGAAAAACUAGUAAAACUUCCAAGAAUGCUCGACCUCAUCUUAGACUUUCAGCUUUGCGUUCAUUCAUUGUUCCCACGCAUUCCUCGAAGUUCGAUCCUCGAUUUGCAUCCUUCACUCGUACAGGAUUGACUAUGGACCUUCCAUCCUUUCUCGAGGGAAUACUCUCCGGUACCAUUGAACUCCGGAAUCCUAUGCUCCUCCAGGCACUUUUUCGUGAUCAGCUCAUGGGCGGACGGUGUGGAGGAGUAUUACCCCACUCUGGGAUACAAUGGAAGGUCCGCGUGUUGAAGUGGGUCUAUUCUUCACAUAUAGAAACCAGAGCAGGAUCCCUCAACGGUGAGUUCAUCCACGUUUUCAAAUCCACUUGUUACGGAUCGACAUAUCUACGCACAGUGCAAGAAAGCCCGCAACAGACGGUGUUACUCGAUUCUGUUCCGCAGCAAGACAUCGAAACUACUCUCUCGGCAUUUCUUAGUGGUCUGUGCACCGAAAGGGCCAACAUUAUCUUUACUGCUCGCAACCCCUGCGUUCGUUUCAUGUCUGAGAGCUUCCUCUUCUCCGCGGUUCCGUACAUCACUAGAAAUUACACUGCUACUCCCCUGUUCUCCUCGCUUGACCAUAUUAUUUCUUACAUCUCCGGCUUUCGGGACGUGAAGAUCCUCUCUGUUACAAACGAUUCAGAAGCGCAUGCCCAAAAGCUAUAUGCAGCGGAGAAUGAUCUCGUCGAAAAAAACUCAUCCAGGAUUAGAUUUCUUGAACGGCACGGAGAGAGAUCGUGGCGAGAGCACAGGUUGAGGCUAGUUUGGGAAGCAGGGCUCCAUGAAAGUGGUUUGUUGACUAAAUGGGUCAUUGUUGUGACGAAGUGAAUUGACAA